AUGUCACUGCGAGAUAAGCUGAAUCAAUUCGGCGAAUGGAUAUAUCAAUUUUGGGAUACCCGGGUUCAUUUCCUUGAACUUCAUUAUCUGUACAUUCUUGUCAUGAUUUUUGUUGUUUCGGGACUGUUUUAUAUUGAACCAGGCACUGAUUGGGCCUAUAUUGAUGCUCUGUUUAUGGCAGUAACAGCCACCACUAACACUGGACUCAACACAAUUCCCAUGUCUGAAGUGACGACAUACCAAAUGAUUGUCAUGUACCUUGUUUGCUUUCUAGGCUCACAUGUCACUAUUUCAUUUUUUGUGGUGAUGGUCCGUCGAUACUAUUUCUCUAAACGAUUUGAAUAUGUGUUGGAAGAAAACAAGAGAAGAAAAGAAAUGUAUAAACAGCAAAAACAAAGAGAACAAGAACUAGAACAACAAAAAGCAUUGAAUGACAACGCUAGUAUCUCUAUAAAAGCAACCAAGACCAUCAUAGGUCCAAUUAAACGUCGUCUAUCCAUCCUUUCAAUUCGAUCAAAUAACCCUAGAACUAGAAAAGAUUCUCAUGAUACAAGAAUCGUGUACCCUAACUUCAAUAAUGACGGUCAAAACGUGAAAGGAUUUCAUUCUUUUCAACCCACUCAAGAAGAAGAAGAGCAAGAAGACAAAGAAGCAGAAGUGGGCAGAAAAGAAACUUUUGAUCGUAUGGGUACACACCCUUUUGAUAUAGAAUCAAAUAAUAAUAGUUCAUGCAACGAUUUGUCUGUUACUUUUUCGUCAUCAUCAUAUGAACAACAGUCAAAACAACAAGACGAAAAGUCUAUGUUAUAUAUAGAAAGCCCUACGUCUAUGAAACCUUCUUUACCAGACAACACAAGCAAUAAUGCGACCACAAACCAACAAAUCACAUUUAGAGAAGAUACCAAUGUCCUUCGUGAAAGAGAGCGUCGAAAAUUGUUACAAAAUCGUCAUGAAGAUAUGGAGCACUUACCUUUGCAUCGCACAAACUCGGAAUAUGAAAUCAUGCGACAACCCUCAUCCAAGUCAGAUCUGACAAGAGAAGAAAAAUAUCGUAUGGGUGGUAUUGAAUACCGUGCGUUAGAAAUGCUGGCAUGGAUUGUACCUGCUUACUUUAUUGGCUUUAUCAUCUUGUUUGGCUUCUUUUUCCGUAUUUAUUUUGCAGCUUCAAUAUAUGGACAACAGGUCUUGGAGACGUCCAAUACCAAUGGGCCUGUGGAUCCAUGGUUCUUCUCAUUCUUUAUGAGUCUGUCUUCAUUUACCAACUUGGGAUUAAAUCAUUUAGAUGCAAGUUUGGUGCCUUUCAAAACUGCACCUGCACCUUUAUUGUUAGCCAUCGUACUUAUUUUGGCAGGCAAUACAGCUUUUGCUAUUUUCUUGCGAUUUAUUAUCUGGAUCUGCUAUGUGUUGACACCUAAGAGAAGUAUCUUGCGUCGUGAAACAUUUCGGUAUCUUUUAGAUCAUCCUCGUCGUUGUUAUACUACCUUAUUUCCCUCGACUCAGACAUGGUGGCUUUUGAUUGUGUUGGUGGCAAUUACUUUAUUCGAACUGAUAUGCUUUAUUAGUUUGAACUAUUGGCUCCCUGUCUUGGCAGAUAUCAGUUGGGGUGCUAGAUUCUUAGAUGCAUUGUUUCAAUCUGUGGCUACACGGAAUGCUGGUUUUUCUGUUGUGAGUCUAGCAGACAUUAACCCUGCUGCUCAACUUGUUUAUAUUGUAGCUAUGUACAUCAGUGUUUAUCCCGUGGCUAUUUCCAUGAGAAACAGUAAUAUUUAUCAGGAGCGUGCUCUAGGCAUCUUUCGAGGAGAAGAUGAAGAACCGAUGAAGUUUUCAGAAGACGAGUUAGCAGAAGCGCCUUUUAUCAAACUGAAACGACAUGCUACCAUGACGAGUAUCGCACAAAACACAAAGAAGCUCCUCAAGGGACCUGAUUUCUUUGUGAUCACACAAAUCCAACGUCAAUUGACAAGCGAUAUCUGUUGGGUCAUUACAGCUGUCUUUUGUAUCUGUGCCCUUGAAGCUCAGUCUAUCAUGUCUCCUUCUCCUGUGACAAUGGCCACUGUGAUUUAUGAGUGUGUUUCAGCCUUUGGUAAUGUGGGUGCUUCUACGGGAUACCCAAAUACUGCUACAUCACAAUCAGCACAAUAUCGUACACUAAGUAAACUUGUGAUUAUUAUUCUUAUGUAUCGAGGAAGACACAGAGGUUUGCCUGCUUCUAUUGAUCGAUCCAUUCUAUUACCUUCAGAUGAACUUGCUCAAAAAGAAAAAGAAGAUGAAGAAAGAAGAAGAAAUACGUCUGCUUCACUCCAACUUGUCAAUGAUAGUGGUACAAGUAGUGGUGUUCAACACAACAUCUCAGACCAUUUGAUUUACACCCGUUCUUGUACUUUAUAA